UCCCACCAAAGAACAACAACACAUCACAUACUAAACCCACUAGCUUCAUACCUCAAACCCUAAUCUUUUCCUCAAAGCUAAUCUCGUCUCUCAAUCUCCUCCUUUGGUUCUAGAUAACAAAGCACACAUGGCUCCAACUUUCUCUUACGAUCAUCAGCAGCAACAACUCUCUUGUGAGAUAGUGAUUCACCAAGCUAAAAAUGUGGAGGAGUUCAUGACGAUGAACAAGUCAUCCUACAAAUCCAAAGGAGGCUUGUUUCUAAGAUGCUAUCUCUCGGCUGGAAACAAAAAAAAAAUCCAGCUCGAUACAAACGAGAUCCCGAGUACCAGUGAUCAUCCUUCAUGGAAUGAGUCCUUCUCAUUGGAUUGCUCAGGCACUCAAGAAUCCAUCAAUGCUCUCCAGACAAGCAGUGUGGUUUUCGAGCUAAGAUGGAGAUCGUCAACAGGGAAUACCAUCCUCGGGCUAGGAGGUUCGAAACUUGUUGGUAGAGCUGAGCUUCCAUGGCAAAGUGUCAUGGAGGCGCCUGGCAUGGAAAUUGAGAAAUGGGUUGUUAUGAACCCAAAGAACAGUAGUCGCCUUGAUGGUGUCAAGCCUCCUUCUGUGAAGAUUGGCAUGAGGGUUAGACUUCCAAUUGCAAUGGAGAUGAAGAAGAAGAACAGUAGAAAUGAGAAGAUAAGGGAUGUCAAGUAUGAGUGUCCAUGUCAUAGACAUAGUGGUGGCUGCAAUUUUUGUGAGGGUUAUGAUGUUCUUGCCCUAGUGGCUGCUUUUGAAGCACUAUAAUAUUGUUCAUAAAGAUGAAAGAGAGAAAGGAGUAGUGUUAAUUAACAUUGCAAUUAUUUUUCCCUUUGGUUUUGAUAAAUUCUUUUGAACCUCUUCACUUCGUGUAAUUCAAUUACGAGUUCUAGUCUAUUUUGAUGAACAAUUAUUGAUAAAUGGAUGGGAUCUCUUCUAGACAAGAGUUAUGUGUGACUUUGCCUUUUAUGAACUAGGGGUGAAUCAUGACUAGCGUCAGUGCAAAUACACAUGCAAAAGCAUUCAUCGAGGGACAAAUCGCCUCUUCGGAAAACACUAUCCUUUAUUUUAUUUUUUACAAAGAAAGAUAUACUAGCCAAUAUGGGGAAUCCUAAAAGAAAAUAUUUCCAUUCAAAUUUUAUACAUGGGUUCCAAUGAAUGUUCGUAUUUGACGAUGAAAUAUGACUUAUUUUCUGCCAAACGAUAGUACUAUAUGCAGUAUUUUUUAUAAAUAAUUUCAAUGACUAUUUCAUAUCAAUGACACAAUAUUUAAUUUGUUGUUUCACAAGUGUGGUAAUUGAAGAAGGUCUUUGAUUUUAUUUUCAAUUAAUAUCAAGAAAGGACAAUAGUUAUACAAACAAACUUAUCCAGACACCCCAUACAACCAAAAAUUUAGUAGUGACUGCACCCCAAAAAAAAUCAAAAGACCGAUUGGCAGCAAUGUUGGCGGCCCUAGGCCCCACACUAAACUCUAUACAACCUGACAAGAAAUAUAAAAUAUGACGACAUUCUCGGAGCACCGGACCACCAAUCGAGUCUUUUAGUACAUCUUUGUGGAUCUGUUUGACGACCACCUUGGAAUCACCUUCCACUAUCACGUGAGUUAAAGACCUUGGAGCGACAAUGGUAAUAGCAUCUCUAAUAGCUAGGAGCUCUGCUAGUCAAGGGUUGACUACCCAAAAUGACGCAAGCCAGUUGCCAGCAUCACAUGCCCAUUUGACCCACGAACAACAAGUCCAGAUGAGCAACCUAAUUCGCCAACAGCAGCAUCGAAGUUGAUCUUGAAAAACAACAGGUGGAGGCUCCCAAAUGGCAGGAGAAGGAUAAGGGAGGGACGAUCUGGGGAGGAGGAGGGAAAAAAAACUGGAGCACAAAAUAGGUAUGGUGAGUUUCUCAAGCAAGAAUAAUAUGGUUGUGGUCCAAAUAUGGCUUGAUAAGGUGAAUUAUAUAUGGGAGGGUACGAACAAGGGUUUGUUCUAGUGGUAAUAUCAUUAGUUUUAAAUUUGGAGAUUUCAGGUUUAAAUAUUUUAAGUAGUACCUAAUCACAAAAGUAAACAUAUAUCACCCUUAUAAAAAUAUAUAUGGAAGGGUGUUAUGAGAUAAUCCAAGUACCACAUCAGUAAUACAAGGGAAGGAACCCUUGUAUAUUAGCGUCCACCUAACUCACUUAGUACGAGGCCUUUUGGGGAGGACACCCAAGAGUAAAACCGUCCGGGCUUGACCCAAAACGGACAAUAUCGUAAUAAUUGAGCAUCCCGGUAAUGAUAAUUGGUAUCAGAGCCUGGUUCGGUGGAUCCGGGGCGGUGGACGUCAGUUUAGUGGGACCCUCAUUCGGUGGACCUCGGGAUUUGUGAUUCGCUUAUGUUUGGCGGAUCAAAGAGAGUUCCGUGUCUGGGCUACAUCUGGUUUGGUAGAUCGAUGGAGGUCCGCGUUUGUCUGGUGGAGAGAUCCACGUCUGUUUGGGGGAUCAAAGAGAGUUCCGCGUUUGGGCUACAUCUGGUUUGGCGGAUAAAAGAGAGUUCCGCGUCUGGAAAAAUCUUUGUAUCGAGAAGCCCAUUGAUACAAGGUGUCUGGAGGAUCAAGAUAAUCGCUAAGGAGAGGACACGAAGUUCGUGGUCCUUGUCUUGAGGGGAGGAUUGUUAUGAGAUAAUCCAAGUACCACAUCGGUAAUACAAGGGAAGGAACCCUUGUAUAUUAGUGUUCACCUAGCCCACUUAGUACGAGGCCUUUUGAAGAAGACACCCAAGAGUAAAACCGUUCAGGCUUG